GCUGCUGGGCAGCAUCGGCCAACUCGCGGCGCCGUGGGCUCUGGGGCCCGCUGAGCAGCCUGCCCAGAGUUUCAGCCCUUGCACAGUGCUGCACUGGCGGAGUCCUACCAGCACUGCCUGCCAGAGCCGCAGCCCGCUCAAGGCACCGCAAGCGCCGACGACUCGGAAGCGCCACCUGCGCAGCAUGUCGGAGGGCCUCAGCCCGCUCACGCCCUUGCAGAUCUCGGAAUUCGACCAGAACUCGACCAGAACAAGAACUCAGGUGCUGCAGGCGCUCAGAGAUCAUCGCCUGCGCACCCCGCUGGAGAGCCUCUGCCAGCUCGAGGCGCUGCAGACGCUAG